GGACACACUUCUAUGAUACGGUACAUGUUUCCUUCACUUUUACGUACAUGCCUUUUUAACCAAGUGUCUUUGGUUUAAACUACUUCACAAGUUUCCAGUUCAGUAGAGAGACAAACUCCCGCUGAGCUUCAUCAUCAUCUUCAUCAUUUCUCCUCCUCGCUCUGCAGUGUAUCUAUUCUGAGUUUCGCAGGUUUAGGGGACUCCAUGGCUCAGUGACAUCAUUGUACAACUUAACUCUUCCUGGGUCAGCCGAGUGCCAUGCCGUUACCAAAUGGCUACUCCAUCAACUCAGCCCCUUUGGAGGAGAGCGAGGACAGCAAACCCCUCAUCGAAGAAGAAGCGGUUCCUCCCCAGUGCUGCUCGGCUCGCCUCAACCUGGCCCUCCUGAUGUUCUUUGGGUUCUCUGUGGUCUACGGUCUCCGUGUCAACCUCAGUGUUGCCAUGGUAGCCAUGGUGAAUAACACUGACCCCGAACCAGCUCAGAACCACUCCAUUAUCAAUGCCUGUCCGCUGCCAGCAGGGUCAGGAAACACCAGUGACGCUUUCCAACAACCUGUGGGGAUCCCCCAGUACCCCUGGGAUUCGGAGACUCAGGGCUGGCUGCUGGGGGCCUUCUUCUUCGGCUACCUUUGCACACAGAUCCCGGGUGGCUACCUGUCCGGUCACUUCGGAGGGACCAUCUUCCUGGGUUUGGGCGUGCUGGGCACCGCUGCCCUCACACUGCUCACCCCUCUGGCCGCCAAUAUGGGCUUAUACUGGCUGUUUGCACUACGAGCGUUGGAGGGCUUCGGGGAGGGUGUGACGUUCCCCGCCAUGAUGUCGAUGUGGGCCCGCUGGGCACCUCCUUUGGAGCGCUCUCGCCUGAUGACCCUGUCGGGAUCUGGGGCCAACUUCGGGGCCUUUGUUGCUCUGCCGCUAACCGGCUACAUCUGCCAAACCUUAGGCUGGCCCGCCGUCUUCUACCUCUGCGGGGGUACUGGUUGCCUGUGGGCGAUCGUUUGGUUUGCCUUUGUAUCAGAUGACCCUCGCUCCCACCGUGGAAUCAGCGAACAGGAGAGAAAUUACAUCAUAAACUCAGUCGGAACUCAGGGUACAGCUCAUGGCUGGUCCGUGCCCUUGCUGCCCAUGCUGCUGUCGGUCCCUCUGUGGGCCAUCAUCGUAACCCAGAUGUGCUCAAACUGGUCCUACUACACCCUGCUCACCUCCCUGCCCACCUACAUGAAUGACAUCAUGCACUUUGACAUCAAAUUAAACGGGUUCCUCUCCGCUCUGCCCUACCUCGGUGCCUGGUUGUUCUCUGUGCUGUCGGGUUUCACAGCAGACAGCCUCAUCGAGAGGAAGGUGUUCAGCAUCACCGUCGUACGCAAGCUCUACACACUCAUAGGUAUGUUGUCAGCGGCAGCUUUCCUCAUUGCUGUGAGUUACGCCGGCUGCAGCCACAUCCUCACUGUCACCUUCCUCACACUUUCCACAACCAUAGGAGGGUCCACCGCCUCAGGAGUCUUCAUAAACCAAAUCGACAUUGCUCCACGGUAUGCAGGAAUCCUUCUAGGAAUCACCAACACAUUCGGGACCAUCCCUGGAGUCAUGGCACCAAUCGCUACAGGAUACUUUACUGUGGAUCGCACCCUGGCAGGCUGGAGAAAGGUGUUCUGGGUGGCUGCCGGGAUCAACGUCGGCGGUGCUCUCUUCUACACAUUAUUUGGCAGCGGGGAGAUCCAGCCGUGGGCCAUCACUGAGGAGGACAGAGAGGAAGCUGAGAAAGACAGGAGCAGGUCCAACUCAAGGGAAUAUUCAGACAAUGACAUCCGACAAACUGAAGUGCCCAAUGUAGUACAGCUUUAAUAGACAGAUCCCAGAAAAAGAGAUUACUACCUCUUUCAAAUAAUGUAUUGAUCCUAGAAGGACUGUAUAUGCAGUAUUCACACUUUCACACAAAUAUGUGAUAGGUGUACAGACAUUAUUAUCAGCCAAGAAUAGCAUAACAUUUAUAACAGUGGACCAGGAUAGUUUCAUCAAGGAUCAUUUAAAUGUAUGGGAUUUUUUUUAAUUGAACAAUAUCUUGGAAAGUAUAUACUCAGGUGAGCAUUCGAACUGAUCUGUACAAUAAUUCCAGCAAAGAGAUGAAGGAUUAGAGAGCAGUUUUACACAAUGUAUUUUAUGCACAUUUUUAAAUAGGAAAAAGACAACCUCUGCUGGAUAUUCACUGAGUUUAUCAUUCAGGAAAUUGUGAAUAGUUUACUGUUGUAAAAGGUCACAGCAGCAUAAUUUAAGGUCCAACUAUUUGUUUUGGACAUAUAUUGACAUCAUAACUAGUAAUACUUGAAUUUUACAUACAAGACAAUGCAUGGACUAUACAGCACCUCAGGUUGGAUCCAAAUGAAACAAUUUGUGGACUUUUUCUUGAGCUGUGAAUGAGAUGGGACCAUAUGUUUUAUGGACCAACCAUAACAUUCCAUAGCUUUUUUAAAAGUGUUAUUAACCACUUAACUUUUAGCUGCUUUUUUUUUACAGCUGUGUCUGUUUUCUUACCACUUCUAGGCUGUCCAGCAGGACCCAAUGAAGCACUUUAUCAUACAAAAAUACACCAAAAGCCUUAUAUUUGAUAGAAUUGGCAAUAUUUUUUGCAAAAUAAUGCCAAUUCUAGGAAAAACAUUUUUUGAUCUUUAGAAAUAUAGCCUACUUUAGUUUCAUCCAGGAAACCAAAGCACCUUCUACUGCCAAUAUUGUAAUACUUUUUAGUAAAUGUGCCAUGAACUAUGACAUACUUUUUGAGAUACUUUUCUAAGAAAUAUGUGGAUUUGCAGGGUUUUUAAUCCCUCACUGUAACUUCAACUACUAUGAUUAUUCUAUUUAUAGAAAACACACUUUUGUGAAGAUAUAAUGAUUUUAAACAGAUGCAAUAACAUGUUUACCUUAGCUGUGCUAUGGAAAUGUGUGAGAUUGUACAAAAUAUGUGAAAUGUGUCUUAAUUUAUAUUUUAUUGUUAGAAGAAUCGUGUUUGUUUUAUUGGGCAAAACUAAAAUCUGUGGCAUCUGAGUGGAGUCUUUGUCUGUGUUUAGCAAAAUAUUUAAAUGAUGGUGGUUCCUAUUGUUACUUUGUCCCAUCAUGUCUUAAAAUGAACAAAAGUGAGAUUAGCAGGGCCGAAGUCUUAAAUCCAAAUCCUCCCUCCCUCACUCUCAGAGGAUUUUAGGCUGCUCAACAAGAUGCAAUGUGUCUCUUAGGCCACUAGAUGGCACAAGAAGCUAAAUACCAGCAGGGAUCUCUGUGCUGCCAAAAUGAAAUGUAAAGUAAAGCUUUUGAAUGAUAGUUCUUAAUCAAAGCAGCGGUUAGAGUUGUUACUUUUUACUACCAGUGUAAAUAACCAGUGGUAGAAGAAGUAUUAACAUCCUGCACUUAAGUAAUAGUAGCAAUACCACAAUAAAAAAAUACUCCUUCAUUCAGAAGAUUACUAAAGUAAAAGUAUUACUUAGAAAAGUGGACUUGGAAGUAUACAAGUAAAGUAAUCACUAU